ACGCCGGGAGGUUGGUCGGCUUGGCCGUCGAUGUGGUUAGAAAGCCUUUAAACCAUACUCGGUCAUUGUCAGUCUACGUCAUUCUCCGUUUAUCGCAUUCCACUCACAGUAUCCAUUGUACUUUCGUAUAUUCAAGUUCGUAUUUCAAAUUUUCAAGUGCAAUUUUAUGUUUUAAUCGUCACGCGAGAAACGCCUGUGAAUCUCUGCGGUCGCCCUGGGCCCCCUACCCACCACUCGUUUCACUGCAUCCCUCCCCCUGUUUUUAUCUCUCUGUCUACAUUUUACGCGACCGGCGUGCGUCGUGGAUCUCUCAUGUAACCGGUACCAGUUUGGUACCAGUUGUUCGAAGCACAAAACCCAUAUUCUACGGCUCUCCACUGGAUUAAUCAGGAAUUAAUUACCGGAUUCAACCGGUGGAGGGAAAACAUAACGAGGAAGAGAAAGAAGAGGUCACGAGCUCUGUUACAGCUCGCCCCCCUCCUUCCCCCUCUACCCCUCCUCUUUCACCUUUCUUUCACCGCAUGAUUGUGUACACCUUCAGUACGUUACCACCAAUAGCCUAGAUAAUAGUGUCACGAGGCUUUUGGUGAAAAAAAAAAAAUCAGUGACAUGUGUACAUAAAGGCGUAGUGGAAUGUGCCGCUGUGCGUAAAAUUUUGCGGCAGGUCGUGGAGAGAAGUUUAAACGAGAUUUUUCGAUAUAAAUAUGAUGGCCUACAUGGGGUUCGAGCGUUGGCACCGGGGCGGGCCGAUGUGACGGCCGACUGGAGGAACGAAUGAAAUAAAUAAAAUAAAUAAAAAAAGACCAUAAAGAGGGACAGAGAGACGGUGAAAAGAGGUGAAGAGAGAGAGGGAGAGAAUCGAUAAGACGAGAAUGGGGCAGGCGUGGUGCAAGGAGAGGUCCACCAAGGCACAGGAUUCAAAAUCACCUCUGGACCGCGUUUUCCGUCGUUGCGCACAUCGAAUAUAUCCGGGGCUGAAAGAGGAGGGGUCGGUUCUCGGUGGAGCAACGCAGAGGGUAACAAGCUCGGAGAUUGGGUAUGCUGGCUCUCCAUCCAGGGAAUUGCUCACCAGAGGAUGUAGUAUCGACUCUGUCGAUCGACCCUUUCAACCAAGUGACUGGGUAGACGUUAAUCUCGAAGUACCGAAUACACCGAGAGCGAGCUCGGUCAUGACCAAUCACACGUUGGAUACGACACUCUAUCACACCGCAAGCCCAGCAUCGAGUUACUCUAAUUUAAAAGACGUUACCCCAAUUCCACCGCCCAGGAGUAAAAAGAAAAAUCGGAGACGACCACUGCCACCAAAGCCCAGUGAGAGUUACGAGAGUUUAGAAUCCGAAAUUGCUCCUAAGGAUUCAAAGGAGCCUCUUUACUCAUCUGUGAAAUUUCCCAAGAGUAGGACGAAGGAGAUUUAUGAGCAUAAGAUCAAUGGAAUAGGUAAAGUGAUUCCCAGUGCUAUUGUAUCGGGCUGGAAAUCAGCGGAGAGGCUCUCUAGUCAUGAAAAAACUUCUACAAGAUCGAAAACUUUGAGCACCGUUAGCUUGCCGAAUUACGACGAACUCGAGACAUCGCGAUGCGAAGAUGAGCACCAAAAAUCAUCAGAAGAAAGGCAAACUUCCCGUCUUGAUCAGUUUACGGACUUGCCAGUGGAUGGUUUGAGGCUCGAUAAAGGGAAAACUUCGACUCCGUUGAAGCAGGAUAUCAAGGAUGAGCCACGAACACCCGUUAAAGUUGAUGGAUGGUUUUUGCAUCCUGACAAGGAAACGCGAUUCGAGGAUUCUCCAGGACCGGAUGAAAAUCAAGAGAUUCAAGGGGAAAUGAAGGAGGUGCGAAAUGUUACGAAAAAUACGCACACGAAUCCAUUCUUCGACAUUCCGGUGGAUGAGACUAAGAGAACGAAUUCUCUCAAUCGCCAUCGCGAGCCUCAAUCAACGAAAAACCUCCGCAGAUCCUUAUCAAACGACACUGAGCUUUUCGACAACUUUGAAGAUAGAAACACUCUAACUUCCCUAUCUCAAUCAGACUCUUCACCGCGAGUGCUAACCCGAUCAAUAUCGGAGGAGUCAUUUCCAAGUGCUCUGAUGGAGGAUCCAGAUGAGGUUGACUUUUUCGAGGAUAAAGUCGUCAAGGAUACCAGGAACGAGAUAACCAAAAUACGUGAGGAAUUGGAGGCUGUUAAGAAUGAAGUUAAAACCCCUCCAUCCAGCCCAGAACCAAAGAUCAAGCCAGAGUUGCAGAGUAACGAUCACUCGACGCUUUUGAAAGUGCUGAGGGAUGAGGCUGAUGACAGUAAUUUGAGUUCAAUGACACCGAGUUUGACAGAGCUGGAGGCAGCGCUAUCAGAUAUGCUGGAGAAACAGGAUGAGCAACUGGAGACACCCGAGAAUCGUCCAGAGGACAAACAAAUUUCCGAGAAACCUUUAGAAAUUCCCAUUGAACCGAAAAUCAUUCCCCUAAUUGUCGAGGAAACUCCCCCCGAGAUGGUGAGCAUCGAUUUAACUAACGGUACUGCUAUCAAUGGUUUCGAAAAAAUCAAUAAAAGUAAUCACGACAUUGAAUCACCACCCAAGCCAAGCAGAUUGCACAGAAUCAUCCAGAAUCCAUCCCCUGAGACUCCACACAAUGUACCCACCCCUCCCAGAAGACGAAAUCGCAGUAGUUCAGGUGCUCUAAAUGACAGACUCAUUUGAUGAGACAUGAAUGGAAAAAAAUAUAUAUUAUCACAAGUGCUUGUAAACAAAGUGGCAUUCUCGGUGAAACCCGAGGAUUUUCAGAUGGAAAACGAGAGACGAGCAAGAAAAUAAAAUACGUUUUUCGGUGAAGUUCCUCGAUGGUUCUGUCGAGCACUCGUGAGAGUAAUCGUACAAAACUUCUCGGCUCGUAUGUGCUGAAGGGAGACAGCAAUUGACUGUACGGAAAAGCGAUGUUCUCCCUCCAUCCCUUCUGUUACCCAACUUUUUAACGAACAUACUGUGCCGAGUCAUGCGGGAAAACUACCUCACCAUUGAAAAAGAAAGUAUGACUUGUGAGUGAAAUAAAUCCAGUGAAAGGCCUCCUUCGUCGUUGCUAUUAUCGUAAAUAAAUAAUAAUAAUGAAGGAGCCAAGGAUCAAGGGGAGCUCUAUGGGCUGGAGCAGUCAAAGUAAGUCCUUUAUUGGGGAUCGACAGGAGGAGACGAGAACAAAAGUGAAAAAACGAGUUAUCGCCCGUUGAAGUGCGUACUUCUUAAUUUUGACUCCGACCAUAGUAUUAAUGAAGAUUAAGGUGCUAUAAUAAAACUCUUGACGAGCAUUAAUAAAUGAAAAUAAUGCACGA